UGCGCGAACCAAACACGGCGAGGAUAAAGCAAGAUGGCGUUUGACGGUGAAGACGUUAUCGCAGUCGUCACAGUUCAGUGUUCUUAAUCUGUGCCUCCAUGUACACAUAUAUGUCCUUUAUUAGACUCUAGUAAAUAGAGUAAACAUCGUUAAUAACUGUUUGCAUUCGGUUAUAUUAGUCUGAGCGAACGUUGAUGCUUCUCGAGCUAGUUUGCUUACUAGUUAGCGUAGCUUGUUAGCUGCUAACAAAGAGAGGCUGAAGUGAUCAAAACACAUCGCUAAGCAGAGAUCAAGUGUGAGUGUAUAGUGUUGUGAUUGUGUGAAAAUGUGCGAAAGAACAAUAGCAGAGUACGACGAGGAACUUUGUCCAACAAAAGAGGAGAAGGAGCGACAACAUCAAAAACAUCAAGUUGUGUUACACAGAACAGGUGGAUUGGACGUUGGCAUGGGAAGGCAUUCCCUUGAAGGCCUUCUUCAUGUGUCAGCUGGAAGUACCCUGACUGCUGUGAGGGGAAACUGAUGAGAUUACCUCGAUGAAGAACAUCUUCCUCAUGAGCAGGAGAAGGAACCACAAUUCCCCCGCAUACAUGAGGAAAAAGAGAUCCCACAUUCCCAACACAUUAAAGAGGGAGGAGAGGAGCCACAGUCCCCCCACAUUAAAGAGGAAUACAAGACGCCACAGACCCAUAAUGUUAAACUGACCCUUCACAUUAAAGGGCAAGCGGAGGACCCACUGAUCUUACACAUCAAAAAUGAAGAAGGGGACCCACUGACCCCUCACUGUAAAGGGCAAGAGAACCCGCUGGCCCCUCACAUUAAAAAGGAAGAGGGUGGAUCACUGACCCCCUACUUUAAAGAGGAAGCGGGGGACAAAGAGCCGCCAUACAUUAAAAAGGAAGAGGAGGAACACCGCAUCAGUCAGCCUAAAUGGUUGGAGGAGUUCCCAGUAACUGGUGACCCUGUGAAGAGUGAAGAUGAUGAGGUCAAAGGUGAAAGUGAGGAGAGGGGAGGGGCGGAGCCUCCAAGCAGCAGCUCAACACAACACAUGACAACAGAAGCUGAUGGAGACCACUGUGGAGGAUCACAAGCAGACAAGCUCUUAGCUCCACUAUCAGAUAGUGAGGACACAACGUCACACUCUCCUGACACUGAUGAUGAAGACUCUAAAGAUGAUAAGACAUGUCACACUGACAACACUCACUUCACAUGUUCUCACUGUGACAAAACCUUUAAACACAAUUGGCAUCUGAAAAGACACAUGAGAACACACACUGGAGAAAAACCUUUUUCCUGCUCAACUUGUGGCAAAGGUUUUACACAAAGUCAACAUUUGAAAGUACACACUGGAACACACACUGGUGAAAAACCUUUUAUCUGUUCAAUAUGUGGUAAAGGUUUUGUAGAAAGUCACAAUUUGACAUCACACAUGAGAACACACACUGAUGAAAAGCCUUUUAUCUGUUCAAUGUGUGGUAAACGUUUUGUUGUAAGUCACAAUUUGAAAGUGCACAUGACAACACACACUGGUGAAAAACCUUUUUCCUGUUCAAUCUGUGGUAAAGCUUUUACACAAAUGGAACAUUUGAAAAGACACAAGAGAACACACACUGGUGAAAAAUCACAUUCCUGUUCAAUCUGUAGUAAAUAUUUUGUACAAAGUCAACAUUUGAAAGUACACAUGAGAACACACACUGGUGAAAAACCUUUUUCCUGUUCAAUCUGUGGUAAAGGUUUCACACAAAUUCAACAUUUGAAAAGACACAAGAGAACACACACUGGUGAAAAAUCACAUUCCUGUUCAAUCUGCAACAGAAGCUUUUGUGACCGAUCAAGCCUUGUAGUACACAUGAGAAGACACACAGGAGAGAAAGUGUUGAGUUGCAGGGUGUGUGGUGAAAAAUUCUCUUAUAAGUACCAGUGUAAGAAACACAAGUGUGCUGGUGAGAACAGCAGCAGCAAAUGAAACUGCAGGAUUUGAAAUAAAUUGGCAACAUUUUAAUUUUGACUUCCUAACAACAUCAGCACAUAGAACAUGUGUGACAUUGUUGUUUGUGUAACAAUCUGGUUAAUAUGUUUCUACAUUUAUAGAUUAGAUAUUUUACUUUAGUGCCUUUGUCAGUCAAGUACAUGUAUUAAUAUGUAACAUUGUGUACUUUUAUUAAAAAUUGAACAACACGUCACAACCUGCCUGGUCAGACUUCCAGCAAAGCAUUGGUGUCCUCUGUAAAGGACAAGUACGUAUUUGUCAUGGAAAAACACUCUCAUGUGAUUUGUUGAAUACAAUUAACAAUCUGUCUUCCAAAAUGGCAACCUGCCUGUUUUAAAGGCACAAAAAAAACAGUUAUUGUGUUUUUCAAUGUUAAAAAUCUGUGUUUUUCAAGCACAAGUCUUUAAUCAGUUGUCAGACGGGGCUUUGGUAACACAAAAUAAUUUUAAAACACAUUUCCUUAUGUCCUUUGUUAUGUUCCAUGUUCUCAAUAAAACAUCAAAAGUU